AUGGUUUUGGUUCCUAAAGCGCAAGAGAUCAGUGAUUUGGCGUGUGACAUUGGCCAUGACGCCGAGAUCACAAUUUCAGAGGCCCCGAAGCUCAUCUCCAAUGCUGCCCCUUCAUGGGUUGUCUCAGAGCUUAAUACAACCUUGAUUGAUGAAUCGUGGAACUCACAGAAAGGAUUAUACGCAUCCACCAUGACUGCCGUUCAGCAGCGUGCUGCAGAAAUGCGCAACCGGAUCUACCAGCGCCCAGAAAAGCACAUUGCGCUUGUAUAA